AUGGCGUCGGAGAGUGAGGCUUCUGAGAGGGAGACGGAGAUUGAGCCGGCUGCGUCGGCGGAGACUGGGGAGGUUCCAACCACAUCGGAGACUGGGGAAGCUGCGACGGCGACUGGGGAGACUGCGAAUGCGCCGGAGACUGAGGAGCUUCCGACCACAACGGAGGCUGCGACGGAGACUGAAAAGGUUCCUACCACAACGGAUGUUGGGGAGGCUUCCACGGAGACUGAAGAAGUUCCGACCACAACAGAGACUGGGGAGGCUGCGACGGAGACGGAGAUUGAGGAGGAUGCCACGGAGACUGGGGAGGCUGAGACGGCUCCGGAGACUGAGGAGGCUGUGACUGCUCCGGAGACUGAGGAGGAUGCCACGGAGACUGAGGAGUUUUCGACCACAACGGAGAUUGGGGAGGCUGUGACGGCGCCGGAGACUGAGGAGACUGCGACGAAUACUGAAGAGGUUCCAAAGGUAACGGAGAUUGAGGAGAUUGGGCCGGCAAAGAAGAUUGAGGAGGUUAAGAGUUUCCCUAAAAAAUCGCCUCGACUAAUACACAGUUUAGUUCUAUCAGAAGCUCAAAGAAAAGUGAUAGGAGCGUGGUACAGGGAUUUUAUACCGAUUGGAACUGGCAGACACGGCAAUGUUUUCCAGUGCAAGAACCAUUUGAAUGACCAGAUUUUUGCAGUCAAGGUUAUUCCCAUUCCGGAUAAUGAGAAAGGGAACGGUGUUCCAUACAGGAUUAUAAGAGAAAUCUCUGUUCUUAAGGAAAUACAGGACCAUAUCAACAUUGUGAGGUUGCUGGAUGUGCUGCCCAGCAUGGAUGCCAUGUUUCUUGUUUUCGAGCAUGUUGACAUCGAUCUCCUUGAUUUCAUGAGAAACCCAGUGUUGUUUAUAUAUCCAAAUAUGAUAAAAAAUUUUGUACAUCAAAUCCUUAAUGCUGUAGCACACUGCCAUUCUCGCAAAAUUAUUCACAGAGAUUUGAAACCUAACAAUAUUCUGAUUCAUUUCCGUACCCGUGUUGUGAAGAUAGCAGACUUUGGUGCAGCUAGAACAAUUGAUGUUCCUUUUUCGUCGUACUCUGGAGAUGUGGGUUCUUCUUGUUAUAAGGCACCUGAACUCUUGUUUGGCUCCACCUACUACUCAACUUCAGUUGAUAUCUGGUCCGUGGGUUGUAUGUUUGGUGAGAUGGCUCUUGGCCGGCCUCUAUUCUCUGCUGAUAGUGAUUGGAAGAUGCUGAAUGAGAUGUUUACCUUGCUUGGUACCCCAACAGAAGAAACCUGGCCCGGAGUGACUUCUUUAUGCAACUAUAUUGACGUAAUGGGCCCUCCAAAGAAGCCGAAGGACCUGGCACUUGAGUUUCCUAAACUCGACUCAGAUGCUGUUGAUCUUCUUUCGAAAAUGCUUUGCCUGUGUCCAAAGUAUAGAAUUUCAGCUGCAGAUGCUGUUUUGCACCCGUAUUUCAAGGGUAUAUGAGAGAAGGCGUGGCACUAUUUUCAACCGUUUUAGUAAGAAUGAAUGAAGAA